AUGCUUAUGAGCUAUGUCGGCGUUCCUUCUGAAGCGCUAGGUUUCUGGGUUGGGCUUGCUAUUUCCUCAUUUUCUAUUUGUCAAGUUGGUACUGCUGUGUUAUGGGGUCAUAUCUCCGACCGUAUUGGUCGAAAACCUGUGAUUUUGAUUUGUGGUAUAAUGAUUAUGAUUGGCAUAUUACUAUUCGGAUUCUCGACGCGUUUAUGGAUGAUCUUGACGAGCAGGGCCCUCAUGGGUUUGAGUAGUGGAGAUGCUGGUGUUCUCAAAACGAGCCUAGCGGAGAUGGUUAAAGACAAAGAACUCCAAACCAUAGCAUUCUCCAUUUUGCCACUUGGACUCAAUCUUGGUUGGGCUGUAGGUCCGAUUUUGGGCGGUCUAGCAGCAAAUCCAUAUCAUGUUGAGCCUGGAAAGCCACACGGUGCUAGGUUUCUAGAGAGGUACCCUUACGCCCUCCCUAACCUCAUUGCCGCAGUAUUCUUUCUACUUAGUUGGUUUGUUGUUUUCUUCGGAUAUAUGGAGACAUUGGAAAGUAAGAAGGGGAGAGUAGAUUAUGGAAUUAUGUUAAGAAAAAGGUUUGUCGCUGCGGCGAGCAAGUCUUGGAACAAACUAAGACGGAAAGACGAAGAAGAUAAUGAUAAGGAAGAUGAUGAGUUGGAGUCUGCUCCUCUAUUGUCGGAUAACAGCACUUUGGCACCAUCUCUUGUCAACGCUAUUGAAGUCAUCCCUCAAGCACCACAAUAUCCGGCAAUAGCAACAUGGAAACAAGUUUUGGAUCGGCGAACAAUCAUGUGCAUUAUUUCAUACAGCUUCUUAACUAUGCACUCAUCAUCAUACGAUACGAUCAUAUCCGUGUUCAUGGCCCAUCCCAAACAAGAUCUUAUUUCACUCCAAGCACACCUUCCCUUCAAAUUCAAUGGUGGAUUUGGUUCCGAUACCGCAGAAAUCGGCCUCAUGUUCACUAUCUUCGGAUGCUUUUGCAUGUUCAUCCCCAUACUCCUCGUCAAUGUCCUAAAUAAACAUUUCUCCGUCCUGCACGUCUUCCGCUACUCCUGCAGUCUAGGCGUUCUUCCAAUCUAUAUCGCCACCCCUUUCACAGCACUUCUUCCCCAUCCUGCAAACUUUAUCGUGCUUAGUAUCCUCUUCGCAGCCAAAGGAUGUAUGGCAGAUUUUGGCUUCAUUUCGGGAAGUAUACUUAUUGCUCGAACAUGCAAGUUUGAUAAUGGACGGGGGAGAAUAAAUGGUUUGCAGACGAUGGCGAGUGCAUUAGCACGGAUUGUGGGUCCGCUUUGGGCGGGGAGUAUGUUGGAUUUGGGGGCGAGGGCGGGGUACAUAGGGGUAGGGUUUUGGGGAGGUCCAGCCCUGGUGGUAGUUCUUGCUCUAUUGCCACUUUCGUUGAUGACGGAUGAUUAA